AUGGCGGCAGUUUACAAGACAGUUUCUAAGAAGAAGGCCCGGCAAGUGACCGAGGAUAUGGAUGAGGACUCUGAUAUCCCCAUGGAUGAGCUCCUCGAGGAUGCCGACGAUACCACCGACAGCGAAGAGGAGGAUGAAGUGGAGGACCGCAUCGCUGAGGCCAGGAAGCAGCUUGCGGCUGGUUUCAUGCCCAAGACUCGUGUUCUGAUUUUGACAUCGCGUGGUGUCACACACCGCCACCGACACUUGAUGUCCGACCUUUGCGCUCUCCUCCCUCAUACCCACAAAGAGACCAAACUCGACACUAAGAAGAAGACCGCUGGCUACAACCUCCUGCUGAACUCUCUCGCCGAUCUCCACUCGUGCAACAUGAUUUUCUUCCUCGAGGCCCGCAAGAACGGCCAAGAUCUCUACCUUUGGCUCUCGCGCCCGCCCAACGGUCCCACCAUCAAAUUCCACCUGAACAACUUGCACACUAUGGGCGAGCUCGGCGCUGGUUUCGCAGGCAACUGUCUGAAGGGUGGACGUGGUAUUGUCGUUUUCGAUCGGUCAUUCGACGAGCAGGGUCCCGACAUGAGUGUCCCCGGUGCUGAGUACCGCGGCCUGGUCCGUGAGAUGCUGCGCGGGAUCUUCUGUGUCCCCAAGCGCGGUGUCAAGGGCAUGAAGCCCUUCGUUGACCGCAUUAUCGGUGUUUUCGGUGUGGACGGCAAGAUCUGGAUUCGCGUCUACGAGAUCCGCGAGUCUGAGGGUGGUGCCAAGAAGAAGGACGGCGAGGAGGCUGCCCCGAAGGCCAAGGACGGACAACCCGAGGUGUCUCUGGUUGAGAUCGGUCCUCGCUUCGUGUUGACCCCUAUCGUCAUUCUGGAGGGCAGCUUCGGUGGCCCCGUCAUCUACGAGAACAAGGAGUAUGUCAGCCCCAACCAGGUCCGUCGCGAGGCUCGGAUGGGUAAGGCUGGCCGGUACGCUCAGCGUCGGGAGGUGCAGACCGAUCGUAUCACCAAGCGGACGGAUCUGGGUCUUUCGGACAACUCUUCGCGGAAACCCGAUGCGCUAGAGACGAGGAAGUUGUUCGCAUAG